AUGAGAAAGCUUGUAUUUACUGUGCUUGCACUGGGUGCUAUGUGUAAGGCAAAGGAGCACCACCCGCACGAGCAUGCAGGAAAAAGACUAGUGGACAACCUCCAAGAUAGUGCAAAGUGGUUUAAAAACCGCUUAAAAAGCAGCAGCAAUCUGCGAGAGGAUGAAGACGAGAGAUACUAUUCAGACAGACACACGCCCCAUAGAAACCACUCUGAAGAUGACUGCUCUCCUGAAGAAACACUAGAGCGCCUGGCGCACCACAUCAAACAAGGCCAUUCUCUGUCAGAUCUGCAGAGGCUGGGGGACAGAUGCCUAAACAAAUACUUUAACGAAGAAAAUGACCUUCCACUGAAUAAAAGCCCUUUUCACGACAGAGAAUCAAAUAAGUAUGGAGAUGAGGAAGAGUCAAUGCACCCGUCAGAUGGCCAAGAAAAAAAAAGAAACAGAUCAUUAGGGAGAAGGAAAAGCAAUGCUCCCAGGAAUAUAUACUGUGUUCCUCCAAUUGACGAAACCUUUGACUCAGACUGCAUGCCGCCCAGACACAGAGACAGACGCCACAGCUACCAUGCACCAAAUGACACAGAAAGAGCUCCUCCGGGCAGUGUAGCAUAUAGUCUCCGUGGAUUAUUGAGCAGAGGCAAGCGCAGAUUGAAAGAGAUAUCAAAGCCACUCUCCUCUAGAGAGCCAUCAAAUAACAAUCCAGAUUAUCCCAGCAGCAAUAACAAUAGCAAUAGGAGCGAUAGCUACAACGAUAAUGAAAAUGAUCAAAAUAAUUACAAUGACUAUAACCAUAAUAAUACUCAUAACAAUACUCAUAAAAAUUAUAAUGAGAACAAUAGUAACGGUUAUACUGAAAAUAGCUCAGAGAAACACGAAAAAGAUGAUGACUCUUCUCCAGCUAUGCCGAUGUACUGCUCAAUGGGGCCUGAUAAAAUAGUCCCAUACAUCAUUGCGUACGGCCCUCCAGAUGAAAGAAAGCGUCGAGUCUUCAUCAACUUUCUAAGCGAGGAAAUAAACUCAUAUAGCAGCAAACACGAGACAAACCCGCUGAAAAGGCUUAAUGUUACAGACACUGUUCUUUCCAGCCCUCUUACGUACGCAGACCUCUCUGGCAUAGUUUCAAAGAUCCAGCGGAUGUCCUCUUUUACAAAGAUAGUGCACAUAUCCGUCAACGACACGCCGAUUCUUCGUGUGAAUCGCGAGUAUCUUCUGCAUCCGAUGUGCAACGAAGGAGCCUUAUGUCUAGCAGGGAACAAGUGUACAAUUACCUCACCUAAACAGUGCAAAAACAAGACAGUGUGUGUUUCUCCCACAGUUGAGAACUUUCUAAAGUCAAUACCAAAAGAUAAGUCUAAUAACAGCGCAACAAUGACUGUUUACAACGCACGCAGCAGACAGUUUGUCGUUGAGAACGUGUUCCUACAGGCUAAAAGGAUAGAGUACUCAGAGUCUAUGGACUAUGCAGAAGUAGAAGCACCUCUGCUAGAAAGCUCGCCGGUCUGCGAAGAGACUGUCAAAAAAAUACAGAAUGCAAUUCUUACGAGCAAGUUCGCGUCUGCGCAUCAUGGGAGAGUUCCUCAGACCGCAUACAUUAUUGAGUCCAACAACACCCGAGGCUUCAUUGUCUUCCUUCUGAUCAAACAGAUUUUAGAAGAAGAAAGCCGAGAGCCUAUAAGUAGCAGCGUGAAGCAGCAGAUGGCCAGGAUAUACUUAGACAUAUUCAAAGAAGAAGUGGGAGAAGAUCUGAUAGAAACAAUGGCACUCCAGGACAUAAACAGGAUUGUAGAUGUGUUGAACCGGUCAAAGAGAUUCUCCAGUGCAAAGGGUGAUGAGCACAAAGAGAGCAGAGACUAUCCAUCAGAUCAUUCUUCGCACCAUUUGAAUAGAAAUAACCAGAGCUGGCACAUACACUCAAAUAAUAACCAACAUAGACACAACAACAAUAGAAAUGAUGAACGCCAUUAUAACAGGAAUAGAGGUAGCCAUAAUAGAGGAGACGAAGAGUACUGA